AUGAAAUCCCAGAGUGUGGCAUUCCUUGCUGGUGGCGCUCUUGUCGCCGCCGGGACUGCAGCCGCUGCAGUAUCAUGUGCCGAUGUAUACCCGCAGUCAGCCUCUUUUUUUGGUUCAAUGGGAUGUGCCUCGGCACUGAUUUUCGCUAAUCUUGGCUCAGCCUACGGUACAGCCAAGUCUGGUGUAGGUGUGGCUCAUCUUGGUAUCCUUCAUGCUGAACGAAUUAUGCGUGGUAUUGUGCCUGUUGUUAUGGCUGGUAUUCUUGGUAUCUAUGGACUGAUUGUUUCUGUAAUUAUCAACAACAACAUCAAGACUGAACCACAGUCCUACUCAGCAUUUUCUGGAUAUCUGCAUUUUGGUGCUGGCCUGGCUGCUGGAUUGUCUUCUCUAGCUGCAGGAUUGUCUAUUGGAAUUGCUGGCGAUGCCGCAGUUCGUGCGUACGGUAAACAGGAAAAGAUAUUUGUGGCCAUGAUUCUCAUGUUGAUUUUCGCAGAAGCGCUUGGACUCUACGGGCUUAUUAUCGCGCUUCUUAUGAAUAACACUGCCAAUAAGGUAAAUUAUGGUACAUGCCAGUAG